GCCUAUCACACUAGCUGACCCAUUGACGACUCGACUGGGCUCUCUUCUAACCUUGAUCACCUCUAUGGGCUCUAGCCCGUGUCGGCAAGCAGAGCAGCCCGUAACUGAGCUUAAGCGAGACACGCUCUCCCAGCCGGGUGAUGGGCCUACAUUUCAACUUUUAAGUCUUGAACCUUUUUAUUUUAGAAGAAAAGAUGGGGGUUUUUUUUGAGAAAAAAAAAAGAUCUUUCCUCACUCCAUAUGUAUCGUCCAUGUAUCUUACGGAGUAAAAAUACGAGUAAUCUUCUUCUUACGUCUAGCGGAAGCUUCAUCGGAGUGUAGUUUGACCUCGUACAGGUUGGCCCCAGGCACCGGCGUGACUGCGUACAGUCUGUCUGCGCUUACCGUUUACCCGUGACUCCACGCGUGUACGGACACCGUUUUAAGUUCUCAACCAAGUGGAAGAAGACGCAGAGAAACUAAAUGGUUCACCCAACCACCCACCCAGAAAAGACUCUACUGACUCUAGCAGCCAUGCCAAUUAAGCUAGCUGGCCGACAGGAGGCAGCGGCGUGCGGCAUCCGGAACCGAGACGAUGAACUCCUCCUUGGUCUCUCUCCGGUCACGUCUGUCACUUAUCACUGCUGAUCACGACGACCCGGGAAAAUUCCAUCCCCGUUGCGCGGACGACGCUUGCCCAGCAGAGAGAGACGUCGUGCGAUCAGUCAAACGUUUCGGCCAUGACCCACUCCAUCCACACUGACUUGCUAAGCUCCUUCCACGUACAUAUACUUACCUUGAUGCAGUUCGAUCAAUCAUACUACUGGAUUAUUAUUAUAUUCUCCUCCUCUGUUCCUCACUGACUGCAAUCGUCGUCAGCCAGUCCGAUCCGACUCUUUCUUCCUUGAAUUUCUUACGUGUUCCUAUGGCCGGCGCCUUGCUCCUCCUGUACUUCUUCGUCUUCUUCUUCUUCGUCGUCGUCUCCCGGGUCCCGGCACCACUGCUGCUUGCGGCGGCGGCGGCGGAUGGCGGCUGCACAAGCACAACGAAGACGUGCGGCAGCUUGAACAUCUCUGCCCCGUUCGGGCUCGUCGACGAGUCAGAGGAGAACAAUUGCGGCCUGCAGAUGGGGUUCCAGGUCCACUGCACAGAUAAGAUCCCGUACCUCGGGUUCUACGAGCGCCAGUACAGGCUCCAGAUCCUCCACAUCUUCUAUGGCAACUUCUCCUUGCUCGUCUCCGACGCCCACAAGUUCCAAGACUUCAACCGUUCCAGUGAAAAAGGGUGCCAUGUCCCCACGGCCAACUCCACCUCCAAACUCGGCCUCCCGUUCUCCAACAGCCCACUCAACCAGAACCUCAUCUUCUACAACUGCACCAAGGCACCGCCGCCGCCGGAGACGGUGAGCCGAGAUGAGCUCGUGGAGACAGUCUGCCGCAACAACACGUUCGUCCGCGCGGGAGGACAGUACAAUGGGGAUGGCGUCGGCGGCGGCUAUGAAUUGGAAGGCUGCAACUCUAUCGCCGUGCCUGUGCUGGGGAAAUCCGACUCCGGCAAGGUGAACGCCAGCGACUACUUGGAGCUCAUCAGAAAUGGGUUCCUCCUCACAUGGCAGCCGCCGCCGCAGCAGCAGCAGCCAGGCCCGCAGCCGCAAGCUGCUGGUAGUGGUGGGGGCACUCCUAGGACUACGAAGACAAUUGGAAUAGUGUGUGGAACAGUUGGCGGUGGCUUAUUCAUGGUUUGCUUCGCCUUUUUUGUGUGGCACAAGCGCAAGAGGAGGAAACAAGCUAGAGAAUCAAGUGAGCUGAUGCGUAGUGGAUCUUCAAUGCAGUCAUACAGUAAGGAUCUUGAGUUGGGUGGUUCUCCUCAUAUCUUCACUUUCGAAGAACUUGAGGUGGCUACUGAUGGAUUUAGUGCUUCAAGGGAACUUGGUGAUGGUGGAUUUGGAACUGUGUAUAAAGGAAAACUCCAGGAUGGGAGAGUAGUUGCAGUGAAACGCCUUUACAAGAACAACUAUAAACGAGUUGAGCAAUUCCUAAAUGAGGUAGACAUCCUGUCCCGGCUACUCCACCAGAACCUUGUCAUCCUAUAUGGCUGUACGUCUCGUAUCAGCCGUGACCUUCUCCUAGUGUACGAGUUCAUCCCAAACGGGACAGUUGCGGACCAUCUUCAUGGAUCCCGUUCGGCAGACCGAGGCCUGACGUGGCCUAUAAGAAUGAACAUUGCCAUAGAGACAGCUGAAGCACUGGCAUACCUCCAUGCAGUUGAAAUCAUACACCGUGAUGUCAAGACGACCAACAUAUUGCUGGACAACAGUUUCCAUGUCAAAGUUGCAGACUUUGGGUUGUCGCGCCUGUUCCCUCUCGAAGUCACCCAUGUCUCGACUGUUCCACAGGGCACACCGGGCUAUGUUGACCCUGUAUACCACCAAUGCUACAAGCUAACCGAUAAGAGUGAUGUCUACAGCUUCGGUGUUGUGUUGGUAGAGCUGAUAUCCUCAAAAGCUGCCGUGGACAUGAGCAGGAGUCACAGUGAGAUCAACCUGGCCAAUAUGGCUCUCAACAGAAUCCAGAACCAUGAAGUCACUCAGCUAGUCGAUCUGGAGCUCGGCUACGAUACCGACAGCGAAACAAAGCGGAUGAUAGAUCGAGUGGCCGAGGUGGCCUUCCAGUGCUUGCAGCUGGAGCGGGAACUGAGGCCGUCGAUCAAGGAGGUAGUGGAGGUCCUAAAUUGCAUCAGGGACGGGGAGUGCCCGGCGAAAAACAUGAACAAGAAGGCAUCCCUGAAGGAGGACGCGCACUUGCUGAGGGACAUGCAGUACUCGCCGGACUCUGUCAUCCAUAGAUUCCAUAGCCAGUCAACUAACCACUCGGCGGCAUCAAAUGCUAGCGGUUUGUGAGGUGCUGCUUUCUAUUGAUUCUGAAGAAAUUAAGGUCGCUGUGUCGUCUAUCGGAUGAGUUGUAUAUAUAUCAUAGAGUUUGCUAAUGAGGUGAUUCAUCUGGGUAACGAAGCUGUUCCCUCUUUGCUGACCAAUAAGUACAAGCUCAAGCACGUCGGCAGUAAUCCUGCACUUGUGAACUUGGCAGAGAUUCAGACAGUAGGUGUACAAUGUACUAGGAGCAAAUACCAGGGUAAACAUUGUAAUAUACAUACACAAAGAGAGUGAAUGAGAUGUUGAACUGAUCAACAUGCAAGGUAUAAGAAAUCAUACUGUACCAUACAAUAUGUCAAUAUCCAGCUGUCUUACAGGUUUAUAGUAGUAGACCUAAUACGACAGGCAAAUUUGCCU